AUGUCCGACGUGGGUCAGCCUCGAGAGUUUCGCAUUGAGUUUCCUGCAGAGGACCUCGAGCGUCUGCAGCGUAAGCUCGAUGAUACCAGACUGCCUGAGCACGAGAUCACUGGCGGACUGCAGCCGUGGGAAUUCGGCACAGAUCUAGCCAAGCUGCGACAGGUACUCAACGACUGGAAGAGCGGUAACCCAAACGACAGUCAUUGUCAGCCUGUAGGCUCGGCUGGACAGGGUGUCAAAGCAUGGUGGAGGAGUGUUGAAUCCGAGCUCAACUGCUUCCCGCAUUACAUGGUGCAAAUCGAAGGUAUCGCUGUGCACUUUCAACAUUUCAAAUCAGCCAUCGCCGACGAUCAAGCUGAAUUGCCUGCGAUCCCGUUGAUCUUUUCGCAUGGCUGGCCAGGUUGCUUUACAGAGGCGUUCCACUUUGCCUCGAAGCUAGUCGAGUCUCGAUCCCCACGUUUCGAAGUGAUCGUGCCGAGCUUGCCUGGCUACGGUUUUUCGCAGGCGCCUCUCAAGAAAGGAUGGACGCUUCAAGAUUCCGCCAGAGUCUUCGAUACACUCAUGACAUCCGUACUCGGCUUCAAAUCGUACAUGGCUCAAGGUGGCGAUUGGGGCUCGUUGGUGACGCGCUUCUUGGCCAACAGCCCACACUGCAAGAUUGCGCAUGUCAACUUUGCCCCUCCGCAACCUCCUCUUUGGAGCAUUCCAGCUUUGGUACUUGAACAGUCCGGGUACAAAGGCAUAGCUCCGAGAGCGCUCAAAAUGCUCGGCUACAAUGCUCAGGAAGUGCUCGGACUCAAACGUGCAUUAGAGUAUCUUGAUCAGGGAAAUGCGUACACAAAAAUCCAGGGCACUCAACCGUCAACACUCGGAUACAGUCUGUACGACAACCCCGUUGGUAUCCUCAGCUGGAUCAUGGAGAAGUUCCACGCGUGGUCUGAUCCUCGUUGUCCCGCAUUCCACAAUACGCAAGCCCAACGCUUUUCACACUCGCGUGUCAACGAUCAAGAGAUUUUGAUCGUUGUCAUGAUCUACUUUCUGACCAACACGAUUCAUACCUCUUUAUUGCCGUACAAGGAGUCGAUGCACCAGUUUCAGAAACCCGACUGGAAAAUGUGGGAGGCUGCAAGGUACAAACCUUUUGGCUUUUCGCAUUUCCCUUACGAACUUGCGGCCGGUCCUAGGAGCUGGCUUGCAAAGUAUAAGCUCAAUUGGCAGUUUUACAAGAUGCACGACUACGGCGGUCAUUUUGCUGCUCUGUGA